AUGGGGUCCGUGCAGCUGACCGAGGCGUCCAAUCUUGUGUCCCGGGGGCGGGGUGCUGUCACGUGGCGGCGGGGGGCGCGGGCGCCGGCACGCGGCGGGCCUCGGGACUGGCGAGCGCGGGCCGGGGAGGACCGGCUGCGGGUGAGAUCUUGGCCGGCGGGCUUCCAGUUCGAGCCUGCCCUCCUCGUCCGCGGCAGGAGCAGCAGCUUCGACAGGACCUGCUGCGGUGCGAGCAUCCAGGAAGAUUUUUAUGGAAAUACUGUGAGAAAAGUGCCUCCAGGUGACCACAGUGGACAGCAGGAUCGAAUCAGAGUUUCGGAAGAACUCAUGACGGUGGUCCAGGAAAUGAAAAAGUACUUCCCGUCGGAGAAGCAUAGUAAACCAAGCACUCUAGAUGCCCUCAACUAUGCCCUUCGCUGUGUGCACAGUGUGCAAGCAAACAGUGAGUUUUUCCAGAUUCUCAGUCAAAAUGGAGCACCUCAAGCAGAUGUGACCAUGUACAGUCUUGAGAAGCUGACCGCUAUCGCCUCAGAACACACUUCCAAAAACACAGAUACCUUUGUGGCAGUUUUUUCAUUUCUGUCUGGAAGGUUAGUGCACAUUUCUGAACAGGCUACUUCCAUCCUGAAUUGUAAAAAAGAUGUCUUGGAGUCCUCUCAUUUUGUUGAACUGCUUGCCCCUCAAGAUGUGAGGAUGUUCUACACAUACACUGCCCAUGCCCAGCUUCCCUUCUGGAACAACUGGACCCACAUAGCAACCUCACAGGAUGAAUUUACUCCAGUGAAAUCAUUUUUCUGCCGGAUUCGUGGUGGUAAAGGCAGAAAACAAGAAAAGAACUACUGCCCAUUCCGGAUCAUCCCCUAUUUGAUUCACGUGCACAGUCCCAUCCAGCCAGGAGCUGAGCCCAGCUGUCUAAUGCUGGUUGAGAAGAUUCGCUCUGGUUAUGAAGCUCCUCGAAUCCCAGUGGAUAAAAGAAUUUUUACCACAACACAUACCCCAGGGUGUGUUUUUCUUGAAGUAGAUGAAAGAGCCGUGCCUUUGCUGGGUUACCUACCUCAGGAUCUGAUUGGAACAUCUAUCUUAACAUAUUUGCACCCAGAAGAUCGCUCCCUGAUGGUUGCGAUUCACCAAAAAGUCUUGAAGUAUGCUGGCCAGCCUCCCUUUGAGCAUUCACCUGUUAGAUUUUGUACUCAGAAUGGAGAUUAUGUUGUACUGGAUUCCAGCUGGUCCAGCUUUGUGAACCCAUGGAGCCGAAAGGUUUCUUUCAUACUUGGUCGGCAUAAAGUUCGAACGAGUCCACUAAAUGAGGAUGUUUUUGCUACCAGAAUAAAAAAGAUGAACAAUAAUGACAAAGACAUCACAGAAUUGCAAGAACAAAUUCAGAAACUUCUCUUGCAGCCCGUUCACGUGACUGCUUCCAGUGGCUACGGAAGCCUUGGAAGCAGUGGCUCCCAGGAACAUUAUAUCAGCAUUGCAUCUUCUAGUGAGUCCAGUGGACACUGUGGGGAGGAGAUACAAAAGAAGCCAAUGACCUUGCAACAAGUCUAUGCCAGUGUAAACAAGAUUAAGAAUCUGGGUCAGCAGCUCUAUAUUGAGUCAAUGACGAAAUCACCAAACAAGCCAGAGAUAAAGAUGUGCACAGAACCGCUGGGUGGUAAGUCAGGAGGGCAACCCUGGGAUGAGCAGAAAGUCUUCUCUUCCUUCCAGACAUUGAAAAAUCAUAGCAUGCACAUGGAGUCUUGUGAGGAUUUGCGAAAAGAGCAGGACAGCCCGUCCUACCAACAGAUCAACUGUAUUGAUAGUGUUAUCAGAUAUUUGAAGAGCUACAACAUUCCCGCUUUGAAAAGAAAGUGCAUAUCCUGUACAAAUACAAAUUCUUCAUCAUCAGAAGAUGACAAACAAAUCCACAAGGCAGAUGGUGUCCACACAUUGCAAGCUGUUCCUCAGAUCCCAGUCAAAGCUAAAUCAGAAAUGAUGACAGCUGAACAGUCCACAGAUGCUGAGGAAGGUGUUCCACAGACCCUCUCCACCAAGGCCCUGGUGUCAGGCAUAAGCCAGUGCAGUUACAGCAGCACCAUCGUUCACGUCCCACCCCCAGAACCUGAAUUGACUACGGCAGAGGAAGCCACCCUGGCAUUCAAGCCCUGGACCCUGAACCCACAAACGUCUUCGCUGACCUCAGAAGAAUUUAAACACGUAGGGCUCACGAAGGCUGUCUUGUCAGCCCACACACAAAAGGAAGAGCAGAAUUAUGUUGAUAAAUUCCGUGAAAAGAUCCUGUCCUCACCCUACAGCUCCUAUCUUCAGCAAGAAGGCAGAAGCAAAGCAAAAUAUUCAUAUGUUCAAGGAGAUUCUACUUCCAAGCUGACCAAAGCAGCUGAGUGCAAGAAAGGGAAGCACAAACGGAAGAAGCUGCUAGUACCUUCAGACAAUACCUGCUCUGUUGACCACACCUGCCCUCCCUUCAGAGAAGAGGUGCCGGAUGCACAGCCCUGGUGCCCUCCUGGGGCCUUCCCACCACAUGCUCCUGGCCUACCAUUCCCGUCCACAGUGGUGAUUCCCAGCCAGGCCCCUUACCUCGUGCCAGCGUGUCCCUUCCCAGCCAUGGCCUCUCUGGGGGGAUCAUGUGCAGCCUCAGUAACUGCACUGCCGUGCCUGCCCAGGCCUCCUCCACCCAGCAGCCUGACUAUCCCAGCAUUCCCUGCUCCUUACUUGGACACUUUCAUGACCGUUUAUCUGCAGGAUCCCCUUGCCUGUCCCGUGUCGUCAUUCUCUCCUUAUUCAUUCCUGGGAGCAGCAGGCUCUCCUGAAACAACACCCUCCGUAUCACCAGUAGCUCCAGGCCUGGACGCAUCAUCAGUCACUAGCCAAAGGAGGGUGGAGGAAAGAUGGGCGAUGACGCCCAGUGAAGAGCACCCAUUUAUUACUUCCCGGAGCAGUUCCCCACUGCAGUUAGACUUACUUCAGGAGGAAAUGCCUGCCCCUUCUGAAUCGCCAGAGCAAAUGAACAGGGAUGUUUUCCCAGAAGCUGAGUGCCAACAUGUCCUAGGCAACAGUGGGAAUAAGAAUAGCUGUUCCCCAGCCAGUGAACAUUCCACUGUGUUACUUGGAAAGGACUCUCCCUCUGGAACCAGUUCUACAGCAUCAGGAAGCAGUGACAGCAGUAUAUACUUUGCUAGUAGUGAUUACUGUUCUGAAAUCUCCCAAAAUGGACAGACAUCUCAGGAUGCACAGGAGAAAGAAACAUCUCCCUGUUCUGCCCAAGAGUCCAUCUGGCGAAUGAUAGAACAGACACCUGAGUGCAUUCUAAUGACAUAUCAGGUACCUGAGAGAGUUAAAGAAGUUGUAUUAAAAGAAGACCUAGAAAAGCUGGAGAGUAUGAGACAGGGGCAACCCCAGUUUUCCCGUGGACAGAGGGAGGAGCUGGCCAAGGUGCAUUCUUGGAUUCAGAACCAGACCAUCCCUCAAGAAAUAGCCAUCCAAGGCUGUGUUACCUGUGAAAACAAAGACUCAGUUGGUGAAGCUUCAGAAUGCUGUGACUAG